UCAUUCAUUAUUGGUUUUUGGACCGGAUAGGACGCGGAGAAACGUGGAAAAAAGUGGUUUCUAAAAUAUUUAUCAGAGAAUAGAUUCUUUAAGUGCUGCUGUAGAACGUGAAAAGUGACAACACAGCGAGAAUGGAGCUUUCAGGUGGAAAUGAGACAAACACCAGACCGGAAAGCAAUUUCAAAAUUAAUAUCUGGAACAGUGGCGAAAAAUCCAUUUUCAUGGCUGCCGAUUUGAAGCAAAUGUCAGACCUUGAAGCUGAAGUUGUUUUGCAUGAUCCUGAGCUAAAUUUUGGGGACCUUACAAUCUACUAUUAUGCUCGGAAUGGGGAUAAAAUACAGAUCGCCAAUGCAAGUGACUUUGACAGAUUCUUGGUAACACGUUUCAAUCAGAACAUCUAUCUGUCAUGUGGAAAUGGAGAUGCUCGUGAACAUGUGACCGAAAAUUUCCCGUUGAAGCGGACCACCUCGGAAAUUAGUAUCAUCAGCUUGGACUCCUGCAAUAGUAUCGAGUCCAGCACAAGCUUGGACUCUUGGAUUAUCGUGGAUUCAUGUACAAGCAUGGAAUGUUCAAAAGGCUUGGAUUCUUCAACAGGAUUGGAUGUUGAUAAUUCAACUCAUCUGGAUUCUUCAACGAGACUGAAUUCUCCAUCAAACUCAGAUUCUUACACACGCGCGGAUUAUCCAGAAAACGUAGAUGUGGUCUUGGUUUCUUCAAAACUCUUUGAUUCUUCAACAGGAUUGGAUUUGGAUAAUUCAAUACAUUUAGAUUGUUCAACAAGAUUGAGUGUGGAUUCUUCAAGGAGCCUGAACUCUCCAACAAACGCAGAUUCUUCCACACGGUGGGAUUAUCCAGAAUGCCAGCAUUUUUCAGCAAACGCAGAUUCUUAUACACGCGCGGAUUAUCCAGAAACUUUACAUGUGGUCUUGGUUUCUUCAAAACUCUUGGAUUCUUCAACAGGAUUGGAUUUGGAUUUAGAUUGUUCAACAAGAUUGAGUGUGGAUUCUUCAAGGUGCCUGAACUCCCCAACCAACGCUGAUUCUUCCACACGGUGGGAUUAUCCAGAAAGCCAAGAUGUGGUCUUGGUUUCUUCAACAGGAUUAGAUUUUGAUAAUUCAACUCAUCUGGAUUCUUCAACGAGACUGAAUUCUCCAGCAAACGCAGAUUCUUAUACACGCGCGGAUUAUCCAGAAAGCUUAGAUUUGGUCUUGGUUUCUUCAAAAGGUUUGGAUUCUUUAACAGGAUUGGAUUUGGAUAAUUCAAUACAUUUGGAGUCUUCAACAAGAUUGAUUGUGGAUUCUGCAACGAGCCUAAAUUCUCCAACAAAUGCAGAUUCUUACAAACCCUCAGAGUAUGCAGAAAGCUUAGAUGUG